CAGAAUUCAAAGUAAACCCCUUCAUGUCUCAAUUUCAUCUGGUUCAGAAACAAAACAGCAAAGCUUUCGAGAGCGAGGCUGAAGACCGCACAUAUAAGGAAUAUCUGAUCAAUAUUAAUGAGGCGACCCCUCCCGCCAACCAGGACCGGGGAAAACGUUUUCCAGGCCCACUGGAGUCACGCCCUCUCAUAAAUAUGCAGAUGAGAUGCCAGUCGCGCGCUGCCCCGCCCUCUACUCUUCUCCCUCGCAACGGACUCUCCCUUCAAACGGGAAACAAGAUGGCGGCGGCAGGUCCGAGUACUCGGGCCUCUUCCGCAGCUGUAGCUACGGCUCUGAGUCGGCGGGGCCGGCGGGGUCGCUGUGACGAGAUGGCGGCAGCAAAGACUGGGGCCUCGGGCCCGGCCUCCGGCCCUGCGUUGUUGGGCCAGAGGAAGCUGACACAUGACCCUACCUACAGUGAAUUUAUAUUCAGAGCACCAAUCAAAUUGAGCAAGCCUGGGGAACUUCGUGAGGAAUAUGAAUGCCUGAGAAAGCUGAGAGAAGAAAAGUUACAAGAGGAGAAAACCUCUGAAGAUCAAAUCCAUAAGCUGUUACCAGAAGAUACAGAAACAGGGAAGAAGAAAAUGGAUGAACAGAAAAAAAGAGAUGAACCAAUAGCGCUAAAAACAAAUCUGGAACAUUGUCUUGCACGUCUCUCAGAUUCAGAAAAUGAAGAACCUUCUCGAGGCCAGAUGACACAGCCACAUCGCUCAGCAUUUGUUUCCAAGAACAACUCGUACUCCAUAGCUUUCCUGGCAGGGAAGCUAAACUCCAAGGUGCAGAGGAGUCAGAGUUGCAGUGACACAGCUCAGGACAGAGUGAAGAGCAGACUGAGAGCAGCUCCAACCAAAAAAGCCAAGGUCACAACUAUGACUUCAGCCUCCAACCCCAUCAUUGGAGUCCUUUUGUCUACUCAGAACAACCGCUGUCUCUCGGCCCCUGACUUGACCAUUGAAAAGCGUCUGCCCUUCAGUUCCUUCUCAUCUUUGGCUUCCCUGCAUAAGCCAGAGCGCUCCAUUAGCCCUGAGAGCAAUGACAGCAUCUCCGAAGAACUAAACCAUUUCAAGCCCAUUGUCUGCUCACCCUGUACUCCUCCCAAGAGACUCCCUGAUGGCCGUGUAUUAAGUCCCCUCAUCAUCAAGUCAACACCUCGCAACCUGAACAGAAGCCUGCAGAAGCAGACUUCUUAUGAGGCCAGUCCACGGAUCCUCAAAAAGUGGGAGCAGAUUUUUCAGGAGCGACAGAUCAAAAAGACCCUUUCAAAAGCCACUCUUACCUCCCUGGUCCCUGAAACAGGGGAAGACUUACUAAAUUCUGAAGUUAUCCAUUCUAGCAAAGAGAAGCCACUUCUGGCUUUAAAUACAAGACUAUCCAGUGGGCAGAUGCUUUCUGAGUAUACUGGACCCACUUGCACUGACCCUGAGUAUUUCCCCUCUGUUAGCCAAACACAGGCAGCACAGGGCAGUGAUAGUAAAAGAAGCACUGAGAUCCCAUUGGAAACCUGUUCUUCAGAACUCAAAGAGGGAAUCAGAGGGACUUAUUUGAAGGGGGAGCAACUUGAGGGAUCACGGUCAACCCCAGAGGCUAAGUUAGACAAAACCUGUAUAAGCACAGCCAUGAAAAUAUCAGCAGUUAAUUCAGUGGUACCCAAAAGCAAUAUUUUGGGUGGGGUCCUCAAAACAAAGAAACAGCUGAAGACAUUAAAUAAUUUUGAUCUGGCUAAUGGUGUUCUGGUAGACAGCCUAGGUGAGGAACCACUUCCUUCUUUGCGUCGAGGGCAGAAAAGACGUUGUAAAACCAAGCACCUAGAACAAAAUGGCUCUCUCAAGAAACUGAGACAAACCAGCAGUGAGGCCAGUCUGGCCCCAACAGACCCAGUACUGCGAGAGAUGGAGCAGAAAUUGCAGCAAGAGGAAGAGGACCGACAGUUAGCUCUGCAGUUGCAGCGCAUGUUUGACAAUGAGAGACGGACUGUGAGUCGCCGAAAAGGAAGCGUGGAUCAGUAUCUCUUACGGUCCAGCAGCAUGGCUGGGGCCAAGUAGCACUUAAUGAACAGUGUUACCUAUUUUUAAGUGAUCUUUGGUCUUGAUCAUUUAUCUGAAGAGUUGAGUGUUCUCACUUUGGGUUUCAUUUAAUGCAAAAUACUGUCUAAUAUGGUUUUGAGAGGUACUGAGGCCUUGUUAGUCAAAAUCCAAGGCAACUGCAUCUCUGUUAUUUGUGACCCAAGCCAGAAGCACUCAUCCCCUGAGUGACACCCCCACCCCCAUGCUUCUGGGCCACAUCUGGCAGUACCCACUUGGAAUAAGAUUUGGAAUGGCCUCAUUUAGAAGCAUAAUGAUCAGAGUUAGAAAUAGUAAUGGAAAGAGGGGAUACCUUCUUAAACUGAUGACCUCCUGACUUCUUUCAACAGGGUGUUGUUUUAAAUCAACUUUGCAGAUAAAAAUUAAUUCCAUCUUUUUCAAAAAAGAGGAGCAGUCUAAUAUUUUGGAAGAUCCAAAAUAACAGAUUAUGUUUCUCUUUUUCCUUCCCCUCACCACAAAUAACAAUACCUACUUAAAUUGGGUAAGCAUAUGCUUCUCUGAAAGUUAAUUUAUGUUCUCUGUUUAAAAAAUAACGUAUGAUUAAUGCUGUACAGUUGGCAGAGCACAUUCGUAGACAUUUUUUAAUUUGGUCUCCCUAAGAGACCUAAUUUGUAAGUGGUAUUAGCCCCGUUUGUAGAAGAUGAAACUGCAAUGCAGGUGUUCUGGUUCUCUCUACUAAAUGACAUAGCCCAGACUGACUACUCAGUCUCCUGACAACAAAUCCCAUGGAUUUUCUACACUAACAGGUUACACGCAACCCAAGAUCAUGAUAGGGGUACCUAGGGAGAGCUGGCCAGGCAUGGACCCCGAUAGUAUAAAGUCUACAUGAAAGUAGUUAAGAUUGAUAGAUGUACAAAUAUAUUCUGUGCAAUUCUGCCCUCUCCCCCCAGUUUACAGUCUUCUGUUUUCCUAGGGGUUCCAGCCUAUGAGACAAACCACAAUGGGGCUUCAUUAUUACUUUCCACAUAGGUAAUAAUUAUCUGCAAUGUUGAUCUAAAAUCCUAAAAAAUUGCCCCGAAGUCAGGCAAACCAGUGCUGAAACUCCAUACUAUGGAAACGAGGUAUCUAGCUGGAUGCAGCUGGUAAAUUCAGUCCCAUGGACCUUUGGGGUUUAUUUUUCUUAGCAGCUGACACCAUGUGUCUUUUGCAUCCCUGGUGGUGCUUGGUGCUUCUGCCCAUCUGGGCUCAUUGAAAAUAAGGAUUAAGAUAGGAUUUUAGGGAAUCUCAGAUGGGCUGGUAUUCCCUGUGUACGUAUGAGCUGUUAUUAUACUUAUGUGACUGGCAUUUUAACAAACCUUCCAGAAUUUAUAUAUUCCUAUGUAUGCUCUCCUACAGUAGUCCCAGCAGGAUACUGCGUAGUUUUUCCAAUGAUGCCUCCUUUGAUGAAAUACAUUUCUGAAAGUGUCUUCAAAGUGUAAAAACAUUUAAAGACACAGACUCACUUCUAAAGUGCUAGAACUGGAAGAGACCUUAAUGAUUGUCUGUUCCAACCUCCUCCUUUUACUAAGGCAGAGGCUGAAGUCCAGAACAGACUCACCACUCAAGGGAAUAUCUAUAACACCUUCUCAGAGCAGAUGUUCAAUCUUUUGGAGUUAUGAGAAGUUUAAGUUUGAAAAUAGUCAGAAGCUUCUUGAAACCUCUGGGAAAGAAGGUGUGUUUAUUAAGAGGGUUUGGAGUCAUAAAUGAGGCGCCACUAUUGUAAUGCACUCAGAGCCAUUUUCUUGUGCAGCUCAUAGUUCCCAAACAGCUCCCAAAGAGAAAUUCCAGAGAUACCUGAAGCAUUGUGAUCAUCACUGAGAUCUGUGGGUCUUUCCAGUGACUACUUUGGUGGGGAACAUCCUCACCUGAAUGUAUGUAUUCUGUGUGUGUGUGUGUGUGCGCGCGCGUGUGCAUGCGUAUGUAUGGACACUUGUAUGUACACAUGUAUGUUUAUAAAGGCAUACAUCAGUCUCAUUACUUUAUAUUCACACCACUUCAUUUCUAGGUCCUACACAACUUAUGGCCUCCAAGAGCUGCUAUAGGGGCAUGUUAGUACCCAAAAUAGAAGAGCUGGCACUGAUCUGAAAAGGACAGGAAAGGUGACCUUAACAAAUGCCCAUAGAGAAAAUUUAACUAUUACUGCCAUUUCAUGUGUUUCUUUUUUGAUCCUAGUAAAUAUUGGAAGGCUGUCUUAUUGGUGAUAGCAAAGACACUCAUUUUUACUUCUUGCUAUCUUUUUUUUAUAGCUCCAAUAAUUUGAAAAACACUUUAGAAAAACACUUUCCAGUUGGAAUUGAUUCUUUGUUUUGGUAAAAAAAUAUUUUAAUAGAUGAAAGAUAUAUUUUAAAUAUUUCCCCAUUAAUACUUUCACUUUAAGAACCUGCAUAGCGGUAUCAACAAGUUUAGACUUUAUAUGCAGAGUAAAAAGCUUUCUUGGGCUGGGGAUUUAGCUCAGUGGUUCCACCGCCUGCCUUGCAAGUGAAAGGACCCGAAUUUGAUCCCUGAUACCAAAAAUAAAAAAUAAAAAGAUAUUUCUUGUUAAGUGAAUGUUCUAAACACUAGGUCUAGCUUAGUGUCUGUCCACAUACCUACUGUGAUGCUGAAGAUGGUAGAGACAGUUAUUUUCCACACUUCCUGCUGUCAAAUAUAGGCAGAGCUGUUUAGUUUAAGGAGGAGAGAGACUUAAUCUAUUAUCUGCUCAGCUUUGGAGGAAGGGGGGAAAACCACUAAGCUAUUUGUAUUUUAAGAUGCUUUGCAUACUUAAACUAAAAAAUGCUUUUUAUUUCUGAAGAAUUUUCUUUUUUUUU